GUCUCGCUUCAUUCCGGCACGCACGUCCGCGGAGGCACGCGCAGACCUCAGGUAGCGCUCGCCCUCUUCUCCUUCUUGAUUUUCUCCCGGGAUGUUGCGUUUUGUCGCAGAACGUCGCCGAGGUGUCGCCAGGAUGCCGAAGUCGUACCAAAGCGUCGAGCGCGGCGACGACGCGACGGCGGCGGAGACGGAGCAGAGUCCCGGGAGCCGGAAGCGGCGCUACGUGCGCAAGGAGGGCAGCUGCGACGUGGUUUUCCGCCACCUUCCCGAGGAGUGGCUCUUCUUCGUCACCGACAUCUUCACCACCUUGGUGGAGAUCCGCUGGAGGGCGAUGCUCCUCAUCUUCGCGCUGUCCUACAUCCUGUCCUGGCUUUUCUUCGGGAUCCUCUUCUGGGUCAUCGCGCUGGCCCACGGCGACGUCCAGGACCACAAGACGGCGCCGUGCGUCUACAAGGUGCGCAGCUUCACCGCCGCCUUCCUAUUCUCACUGGAGACUCAGACCACCAUCGGCUACGGCACCAGAGGGAUGUCGGAGAACUGCGCCGCGGCCAUCGCGGCGGUGACCGUCCAGGACGUCGUCAGCUGCUUCAUCAACACCUUCGUCAUCGGCAUCGCCGUCGCCAAGAUGGCCUCGGCCAAGAAGCGGGCGCAGACGGUGGGCUUCAGCAACUGCGCUGUCGUCAACCUCCGCGACGGCCACCUGUGCCUCUCCUGGCGGGUGGGCGACUUCCGCCGCAACCACCUGGUGGAGGGUACGGCGCGCGCUCAGAUCGUGCGCGCCGACGCCCACGCCACCGGCAGGGUGGACGUCACCUACCGGGAUCUGGUCAUCCAGCAGCCCGACAUCGUCCUGGUGGCGCCGACCGCCAUCUGCCACCGCAUCCGGGAGGGCAGUCCGCUGUACGGGAUGAGCCCGGCGGAGCUGCGGGGCUCCGACCUGGAAGUGGUGGUGUCCUUCACGUACACCGACGACAGCACGGGAACGCUGCACCAGACGCGGACGUCCUACACGCGGGACGACAUCUUGUGGGGUCACGUCUUCCAGGAGAUGAUCCGGGCCGGCAGGAGGCGCUACACCGUCGACUACGUGCUCUUCAACCAGACCGCCAAGGUCCCGCUGCCCGCGAUCAGCGCCGAGGCCUUUCGGCUCAAGCGGCGGCCGCGGCCCUCGCCGGGGGCUUCGCCGCGCAAUUGUCGCCCCGACGAGGUCCCGAGCCCCCCUUAAACGACGGACGACAUCCUGACACCACGUAGCCGAAACGCUCAAAUGUGACAACGUCAAAGCUCACCGACGAAGAAGAAAACAAGUUAGCGACCAGCGCGUUGAUGAUUUUUAAGCAUACUAACUAGAUCAGAAUCAGAAUCAGAAUCAGAAUCAGAAUCCUCUUUAUUUGCCAAGUAUGUCCAAAACACACAAGGAAUUUGUCUCCGGUCGUCGGAGCCGCUCGAGUACGACGACGGACGGUCGAUUGACAGGGAACGCUUUGGAGACAGAAAGACAUUGACAAAAAACAAUUGUGCUAGAAGAUGCAGAGUCCUCGAGCAGUUCGAAUGACUCAUCUCGCAACGAGCGUCGUGCAAAGGGCGCCGAGACUUCAAGGGGCGGAUGCGGUUUGAAGUGACGAGUAGCGCGAUCGUCUGGGACGAUGUCGGUCGCGCAAAUGUUGAAGAUCCUCCUCAAUCCGUGUGCAAAUGGGGCAGAUGCGACUCUGGCACGAGUGGCCAGUAUGGUGGCCAGAUCAUUCUACCAGAAGCUUUUUACUAGAACCUCCUGAUGGAACCUUGUACUAUGACCUUCUACCAGAAAACCUCCACUAGAUGUUUCUAUGGGAACCUUCUGCUCCAACCUCCGACGAGAAACGUCCUACUCGAACCUUCGACCAGAACCGGCGACUUCCCUGAGGAACUUCUACUAAAAAAAGGAACUUCUACUAACUUGGACCAGGAAACACUCGUACUGACAAAAUGCAAAACGUGAGAACAUCAAAGCUUGAAUGGAUGUUUCUCGCCGGCUGCUCUUUCUUGUCUCAUCCAGAAUCCUAUUUUGAAACCGUCCUCAAUAAGAGUUGAUAAAGAUUGGAAUGAAGUUCGACUUUCAUUGUGAGCUCACAACAAUCGCGCGUGUUGACACUAAAACGCAACUCAGUUGACAUGAAAACAUGACCCGUGCCGCCGUGCGCGCGCGUGCGCGCUACCCGCGCAAGAGGGUCAGCGACCUGCAAACUUCCUGCACUCAACUGC